AUGUCUCGACUCACCGAGCACAUUGAUCAUGGACCAGAAGUUGUCCGACAAUCCUACCAUCCAACUGAAGUCGUUAACCAUGCGGGUACACCUCCACACCCUCCUCGUCUACCCUUCGCAGGUGAAGAAUCGAGAGAUACAUUUUUAAGCGCCGAUAAUCUUGCCGGCUCAAUAUCAACUUUGGAACUUCUUCAAGAUAAGGAAAGUCGAGAGCCUCCGGGGGUGAAUCGUGAGCUCUUCCGGUUAAGCAGCUUUGCCUUCGGAGUCGUCAUUGCUUUGAUCACAGCAAUUGUGGUUGGGGGCGCCGUGGGAGGAGGACUUGGUGCUGUGGUUGCGAUGAGAAAUAAUGAAUUGAUGGAAGUCAACGAAGCCCUUGUUGUUGCGCAAUCAACCAUAGAAGGUCUGAAAGCCUCAAACAACACACAAGGUGUGAGCCCCACUCAGACUUCACAUACCACACAACUCUCCAACGAAACGGAAAGUUCAACGAGUUGUACUUCGACAAAUGGGACAGAUGUGAUAACCAAGGUCAAUCUUUCAAACUAUACGGUCGAACCCGCUCUCAACGUCGAGCUCCUAUUCCUGGACUGCCCGAAUAUCGCCUCGGACAUAUUCACCACAUCGAAAGAUGAGAGAUUCUCGCUCUUCUGCCGACAUGCAUUCAUGUCUGGAACACCGGCCAGAGAGGGAGGAGUGGUAGCCGACAUGGUGCAUAUUAGGGCGUAUUCAGCCGAGGAUUGUAUGGAGGCCUGUUCUGGCUUCAAUUUUGAGCAACAGCGAUGGAACGGAACGACAAGAUGCCGAGCAAUGACUUUCCGAGCCAACAUGGCGGCGAAGGUCAACCAAAUUGGAGGCAAUUGUUGGUUGAAGAAUGACACACUUUGGGAUGUCAACACGGCAGAAAUAGCGGAUGGAGUUAUCAGUGGCUACAUCCUCGUUUAA